GCUGCCGUGACAUCACGAGGAAACUCGGUUGGCGUUCAAAAAUCAAAACAUCCUGCAACGUCUUCAUCGUUUUCAUAUCCAUAUUCAUAUUCAUCAUUAUCAUCGAGUGUUUGCAGUCAUCAAACAGCUUGUUUCCGCCGUCAGAGCAUUUCUGCACUGGUGUGGAAUUGCAAACAAAAAUGUGAGCAGGUUCACUUUCUGUUUGCAUUAUUGUGUCAAGAUGGCUGAUGAUUUGGUCUCCUGCACGGCUGGAGGGGCCGUCCGUUCUGGUCAGCCCUGUGCCAAGCAGAAAUAUCACAGCAAUGCCCACUCACAGGGCCUGUUAGAUGGGCUGCUGAUGCUGCGACAAGGGGGGAUUCUGUUUGACGUGGUGCUCUUGGUGGAAGGAAAACCCAUCCAGGCUCACCGAAUUCUCCUGGCGGCAUCGUGUGACUAUUUUAGGGGCAUGUUUGCAGGUGGUUUGCGGGAGAUGCAGCAGACUGAGAUCCCUGUUCAUGGAGUCUCGUACACGGCCAUGAUGAAGCUGCUGGACUUCAUCUACACCUCGGAGCUGGAGCUGGACCUGGACACGGUGCAGGAGGUGCUGUGUGCCGCCACGCUGCUGCAGGUCCAGGACGUGAUCGGCUUCUGCUGCGACUUCCUUUUCUCCUGGCUGGAUGAUGACAACAUUUUGGAGGUGGAGAAGCUGGCUGACAUCUACGGGCUCCAUCAGCUGGGGGAAAAGAUUCGCUCAUAUCUGCUGAAGAACAUCCAGACGUUCUCACGCACGCCAGUGUAUCGGAAACUGCCUGCAGAAAAGGUACUGAGUGUGCUUUCUAGUAAUGAGCUGGAAGUGGACUCGGAGAACGAGGUGUAUGAAGCCGCUCUGCACUACCAUUACACUCCCGAACAGGUGGAGAAGGACCAGGUUUGCUUACAGGACCCGCUACGGAUGUUGGAGGCGGUGCGCUUCUGUCUGAUGGAGAAGCAUGUGUUGCAGCGUUUGCACAGUCGGUUAAAGCAGUGCCCACUGCGGGACUCGGUGGCUGCUGCCCUGCGUUACCACAGUCAGGAGCUUUGGCAGCCGGUGAUGCAAACCCCGCUCACUCAGCCCCGCUGCAGCUCCCAGUGCAUUGUGGGAUUCGGUGGCAUGUAUGCGUCGAGUGCGCUGGUGGACAACGAAGAGCGCUUUCAGGUCUUUCACCCGUCCUGGAGCGAGUGGCGGAGCCUGGCGGCAGAGCGCGCUCCUCGCAUGUCCAACAUGGGCAUCGCUGUGCUCAAUGACUUUGUGUAUUUAAUCGGCGGAGACAAAAACACCAGCGGCUUCCGGGCUGAAGCUCGAUGCUGGAGGUACGAUCCCCGCCAAAACAGCUGGUGUACAGUGGAGUCUCUCCGGCAGCAGCACGCGGAUCAUUGCGUCUGUGUGGUCGAUAAAUACAUCUACGCCAUUGGAGGACGAGACUACACCAAUGAGCUGGACUGUGUGGAGCGGUACAACCCACAGACCAACACAUGGGAGUUCAUGGCGACGCUCAAACGAGAGGUCUAUGCUCAUGCUGGCGCAGUGAUUGAUGGGAAGAUCUACAUAUCCUGUGGCCGGCGGGGAAUGGCGUAUCUGAAGGAGACGUACUGUUAUGACCCUGGCAGUAAUCACUGGAGUGUGUGUGCCGAGGGUCCAGUGGAGCGAGCCUGGCAUGGCAUGGCAUCCCUCAAUGGACGGGCUUACGUCAUGGGCGGAAGCAACGAUAGCUGCGGAUACAGAAGAGACGUACUGAAGGUGGCGUGUUAUAACCCAACAGCAGAUGUGUGGUCAGUGGUUAGUCCGCUACCAGCAGGACAUGGAGAGCCCGGUAUGGCCGUCCUCAAUGGUCGCAUCUACAUUCUGGGUGGACGUUCGCACGAUAAAGGAAGUCGAAUGAAGUAUGUCCACGUUUAUCAUGCGGACGAGGACCGAUGGGAGAGCGGCACGGCUUUGGAGGACCGCGUAUCUGGCCUUUCAGCCUGUGUGCUGCUUUUGCCUCGAGCAGCAAUGGCUCAGGCUCACAGCUGGGAGCAAAGAGCCAAAGCAUCAUGGGAAGAGGUGGACUGGGAUGACUCGGACAACUCCAGCGAAGACUAAUGGCAUUAGCGCAACUCAGGUAGCGCAAAGUGAGGGAAUUACAGGCUUUAUGACCUUGGAGAGCGUUUGAAAUUCCACUGAUCUUGAACGGGUCAUGUUUUGGGGGUGUUUUAGUCCGGUUAUUUUGUAUUGAAAAACAGUAGCUGUGUUUCCAUUCAAAGAUGCGAAUUACGUUUGGAAUAUUGCAUAAAAUGUUGGCGAAUAAAGUAGCGUUUCCAUCCAAUGAGUCAAAAAGGAGAAGCCUCACAGCAAGAAGGUCGCUGGUUCAAGCCUCCGCUGGGUCAGUUGGCAUUUCUGUGUGGAGUUUGCAUGUUCUCCCCCUGCUCACGUGGGUUUCCUCCGGGCGCUCCGGUUUCCCCCACAGUCUAAAGGUAUGCUGUAGGUUAAUUGGGUAUGCUUAAUUGUCCAUAGUGUAUGUGUGUAUGUCCUGGUCCUCCAGGUUGUGUGGUUGAGCGUUGAACUAGCAACCCCCCUCAUAAAAACUAGAUGUUACGAAACACCAAAAUUGUGCGGCUAAAUAUCAGCUUCGAUAUAAAUGGCCCUGGGAGUAAGUAAGUAAGUAAUCGCUCUUUUUUUAACAUACAAUCUAUGAAAUAUUGGCAAGCAUAUCAAUAAAUCUGAUUAAAAACAUUGUGAAUGUGGCUUACGCCUGUGUCUGGAGUAAAGUGAUGGCAUGCUGCUUUUCAGUGUAGCGGAUAUUUUCUAAUUACAACAUGCCGAGCCUUACUCCCAUUUGAUUGGAUGACAAUCGUCAACUCUCAUGGACUGCAGGCUUUAAAUUAGAUGAAGUGCUCAGGAACCAUAAAAAACCAGGGCUGGCAUGCAAUGGACACAGGGUCUGCAGGGGUUAAAACAAAAUCACAUGACUUUUUUGAUGCGCAUGCUGGAAUUUAUUCAGUAAAUGUGCUUCCGUUGUAGCUUCCGUCAAAUUUUUAUCUUAUUGGAUAAGUUGUUUAUUCUACUCAGUUGUGCGCAUACAUUUCUUAUGUGCAUUCUCAAAAGGCACACACAUCUAGGCGAUCCCAUUAAGCAAUUUUUUAUGCGAUACUCCAAAAUGCGCACACAAAUAGGUGGAUGAGAACAUAGCUAUCGUGUGUCUUCGUGCAUGUGCAGUGGUGGCCGAGGUUAUUACAAAGCUAGACUGGUUUUGUGGUCACAUAUCAGUUUUCACACUUAGUUCUUGCUAUUAAAAGUGCUGUAUGUAAGAUUUUGAUUCUUUUAAGGCAUAAAAAUACCAUAAUAUAUUUGCAGACAGUUAAGAAACAUGCUAAGUGAACAUUCUUGUUUAUCUGAAAAACAAGUCAGAUAUUCUGCUUUGUGCUGGAAUGCUGUCUUUGUUUUGGUUAUUUUAACCCAUCCACUGCCAGUUUAGGCAAUUAUAUUUAACCAGCCUUUUUAGUAUGGAGAAUAUUCCUUCCAUCAUGUGCCGUUGCUUUUAUAUAGAACAUGAUUUAAAUCAGCCUCUAGGCUCGAUCGUUAGACUUGGUCCUUUUGCUCCUCAAUCUGGCAACCUGCGCUUGUGUUUGUUUCGAUCCAGGAGUGCAAUACCUAAUUCAACCACUGGGUGUCAAACUUACAUACUGCACCUUUAAUUGUAUUAUAAGUGUUGUAAUAAUUGUUGCCACCAGGGGCGUAGCGGACAUUUUAAAAGUGGGGGGGACAGCUAUAUGAGAUCAUACGUUCAUAUAAUUAUUAAUCACCUGCUUUUAAAUAGUCUGUCUCUAAAAGUGAGGGGGACGGAUCCCCCCCGUCACCCCCCGGUUGCUACGCCCCUGGUUUCCACCACUGUAGCUAAAGGUUAGUUGGAAAUGUUUGGGUUUAGAUUAUCUCCAAUUAUCUCUUUUUCCUGUUUGUGGGUUAAUUGUACUGACUCUUUUUUUGUUUUGUUUCGUUUUGUCUUUACAUCCAAAUCUUCGUUCAGACUUAUGGGAGACGGGGAUGCAAACACUGUUCAUGCACUUUACAAAUGCGGGCGAUUUGAUUUUGUUGACAGUGCCUUUAUUUUACAGAUGUGUUUUGGUAAGUCCAAUGCCUUUUUUUAUUAAGAGAUUUGAAUUUAGUGCAAUAACGUUUUUCAGAAAGACAGAAGUGUUGAACAGGAUUCAGUGUUCAGUGGUUGGCAACCUUCAGAGUGAAAAUGGAGCCGAGGAAAUUUAUUAGGGGUGGCUCAUUGGUUAGCACUGUCACCUCACAGCAAGAAAGUCGCUGGUUCGAGUCCCUGCAGGGCCAGUUGGCAUUUCUGUGUGGAGUCUGCAUGUUUUGUGUUGUGUUGGUGUGGGUUUCCUCCUGGUUCUCCGCUUUCCCCACAGUCCAAAAACAUUCACUAUAAGUGAAUUGAAUAAAUUAAAUUGGCCGUAGUGUAUGAGUGUGUGUGUGAAUAAGUGUGUAUGGAUGUUUCCCAGCACAGGGUUGCAGCUGGAAGGGCAUACGCUGUGUUAAACAUAUGCUGGAUAAGUUGGUGGUUCAUUCUGCUGUGGCGACCCUUAAUAAAUAAAGGGACUAAGCUGAAGGAAAAAUGAAUGAAUGAAUAUGUAUAUACAGUAAAUAUUGUUCAUAUUUUAGAUGUUUAAGUUAGAGUCUGAUAUGAACACUCCAGUUGAGCUGCAAAAUAUAAUAACUGCAAAAAUAAUAACUGAACCAUAGUCGUUUUCAAGCAUCCAAAUACAACUUUAAAUGUAGUUUAUUUUCAUACAUUUCACAUUUUUCAGAACAAUAAAAAAAUCAUUUAUUAAUUUUUCAUGAUUUCCAGAUUGUCUAUUGGUUCCAAACUAUUAUACGUUUCUUUUUUUCUACUAUAGAAGAUAUUUUGAUGAGAGCUGAAAACCUGUAACCAUUGACUUCCAUUGAAGAAAAAAUAAUAAUCGUACAUUUACCAUGUUUUACAGAAUAUCAUGCAGUAUAAGUCGUGUCUUCUCAGGCAUAUUUACAACAAGGAUGGCAUUUUAAAAUCUAUUUAAGGACAGUUUCACAUUUUGGCCACAGAAUACUUAAUAAUUGUCAUUUUCAGUCUUUAUAUUUGUCUUCCAGACAUUAAAUGAGUCUUGAUUUCAUAUCUCGUAUGCUCGAUUUGUUUUACAGAUGUUAUUUGAAUAAAUAAAGUAGGCACUUUACUGGCAUUUAAUAGCUUUUAUGUCACUUGCAUAUUUUUAUUAUUACACAAAGGAAAUUUCAUUUGUUUUGGACAACAGGAUGAAACAUCUCAUCUUUGCCCCCAUAUAAUUAUUAAAAGAUGGGAAACAGAUUGGGAAAGUGAUUAUUGCCAAUAUAAAUGUAUUCAAAUAGCACUUAAUUAAAAUUCCACUUAAUGUCAGAAAGGUUGCCGACUGCUGCACUGAAUGCUGAAUUACUGAUAUUACUGAGAUUAUAUAUAAAUAUUAUGUUGUAUUGCUCCAAACAGAAAUUUACUAAAAAUGGCAAAAUCUAUGCGAGUUAGUUGAGCUCUUUUAACACAUCUGAUGACUUUUGCUAUGUAAAAAGUUCUGUUUUCUUCAAAACUGAAUGUCAUGCACUUAAAUAAGCACUUCUUCCUUUGUUUUUAGCUUAAAUUAUUUUCUGCCUUCAUUGUAUGAAACGUAUUGCCUCUUUAAGUUGGAUCUUUUUGACCCUGUUGAAUGUUAAAAUCAGAAAAUGUAAUCAUUAAUUUUCUUAUUUUUUAAUAAAAGGAUAUGCAGAAUAGAA